AUGGGACGCCCAAACGACGGACUACCGACUUAUGAAGAAGUAAUCUCACAAGAAACAGGAAACUCAAACACCCCUCCGCUGCCUGCACGGCCCCAAACCCAUAGCGAGAGUCACAGUUACAGUUACACCACUUCCCAAACGCAAUCUGAAUACUAUGGUGGAGCCCCACCUCAACAACCCCCAAGACCAUCCAAUAAUAAUAAUAAUAACCUCCCAUUCACCUAUCCUCCUCGCUACUAUUGCAGAAAAUGCAGAAAUACGGGUUACAAGAUCAAAAACGGCCACAAGUGCAAGACAUGUUGGUCUAAAUUCUACACUCCGCCACCCCCAGCACCAGCUCCACCAGUAACAGCUGUCCCAGUCACAGCUGCCCCUAUAACUGUUGCAGUAAACCCUUCAGGAAUAGUAUACGGCCCAGUAAACCCAGUGCCAGGCCCAGCACCAGCAGCCCCAAAUGCCAAUCCAAUAUACGUGCGUCCAGGAGAUCCCAGAAUUGGUGGAUUCCUGUGUCCCACUUGUAACGGAACAGGCCAGGUCCGCUUCCUCUUGGACAAAGUGCCAUGUGUCGAUUGUCACGGUGUAGGCCGUGUUUUCAACGCCUACCACCGGCCCUACUGA